CUCUUGUCCCGCCCCCCCUAAGGCUGCUUUGGCAAGCUUCACUUCACCACUACUUGUCUGAACUUCACUUUAAUGUAACUUCGGGACUAUGAGCUCCAUUCCUGGCCAGAGCGCAUGAUCGUUGUGCAGCACCCACGUACACCAAAGCCCCCCGAUCAUGGCCGAUCACAUAGCUACACCUAAGCUCGAAGUCAUCCACAAACACGCAGAGCAGCAUAAGGGCAAACGCGGAUCUGCAAAAUGCGUGCUCUGCGGAAUAGGCGUGUUUACUCUUGCCGCAGUGGGGUUGCAAAUACCGCCGUCAACACCAGGCAGCAUGCUCGAGUGGGUACACUACUGCUUCUACUUUUCCAACCACGGCCCAACAAGUUCAUGACACGUGAAGUAGGCCUUACACCGUUGAACAAGCAUAUACAAAAAAGGAUACAUCCCAACGAACCUCUAACAGCACCAGAGAUGGCCACCUCCAACCAAGAGAACAAGCGCAGCCGCAGCCGCAGGCGACCCCGGCUCCCGCGAUCGAAGACUGCGCUGGGG